AUGUCUCGUCACCGCAUGUACCAGAACUACGAUUACGAAAAUGACCUGGACGAAUUUGACGGGAACGAGCUCGCGGAAGAGGAGGAGGAGGAGCUGAGCCCCGAGGACAAGGCCCAGAUGACUGCUGCCACAGCUGAAGUGAAGAGCAUGCUGGGCCCCCAGGCCAGCAAGGUCACAACACAGCAGAUUCAAGAGUCCCUAUGGCAUUACUACUACGACGUCGACAAGACCAUCGCCUACCUCAUUAGCAAGUACGUCGAUCCAACACCGAAGCCAGCGGCCAAGACAAAGGCUCCCAAGGCCGCGCCACCACCAUCUGACGGUGCCUCCGAAGCAGAUCCCUGGAGAGUAUGCGCGACCACUACCAGGCAAAGAUCCUCGUGUGCAAGCUUCUUUGCCGACAUGCCCUGGUUGAAUAUCCCGGAGGACCGCAGGACCGUCUUCACCAAGCCACCACGUCUACGCGGUGGUGGUCUCCUGGGUGGAUCUUCAGAACCACCAAAAAUGUCCAAGCUACAGGCCCUCGCCGCGGCCAGGAAAAAGAAGCGGGAGGAGAAGCAGCCAGAGACAGCGCAGGACGCCACAGCCAAGAAGGAGGCGCCCGAGACGGAUACUUUGCGAAACAAGAUCUCUCAGAUGAAGAUUUCCCAGAAGGAGGCACCUCAAGUUCCAUCAUCAGCUGUCCCUCUUACUCCAUCGGACUCUCUAUCUGGGCCAGGGCCCGCUCUCGACGGAACUAUCGAACCUCAGGAUCCCGUUCCAAUCGUGGAAAAGGCGCAGCCUUCAACAUUUGCGCAAGCUCUCUUCAAGUCUGCUUCGGAGACGCCACAACCCCAACAACAACUUUAUGCGCCACCUUGGUUGACCUUCACUACCGAUGAGGCCCUGGUCGAGGCCUUUUCCAAGCCGUCUCCUGACGAUGUUGUGCAGGCGGCCCAGUCGCAAGGGAAGAAGUUCACGUCUAAUGCGCCAAACGCAAAGAACAAAGACGCGGCGGAGACUGCAAAGAGCUUGAAAGAACUAAAAAUUGCUGAGACACCACUGCCAAAAAGCAAGAAUCUGAACGUACUAAAAGAGUACGAGAAGAGCAAUCGGAAGAAGAGCGCCAGCUUCGUGGUUGUGGGCCACGUUGAUUCCGGGAAAAGUACUAUGACUGGUCGGUUACUUCUUGACCUAGGCGAGGUCGACCAGCGGACGGUAGACAAGUAUCGGAAAGAGGCCGAGAAAGAAGGGAAAUCCUCCUUUGCGCUCGCUUGGGUGCUGGACACGCGGACAGAGGAGAGGUCUAGAGGAGUCACUAUCGACAUCGCCACCAAGAAUUUCGAGACCGAAUCGACGCUGUUCACGAUAGUUGAUUCGCCUGGCCACAAAGAUUAUGUGCCCAACAUGAUCGCUGGAGCGAGUCAGGCAGAUUUUGCUGUCUUGGUUGUCGAUGCAGCCAAGGGCGCAUUCGAGGCAGGCCUCAAGGGUCAGACAAGAGAACACGCUCUGCUGCUACGGAGUAUGGGAGUGUUCCGGCUGAUUGUUGCUGUCAACAAACUUGACACAUCGCAAUGGGAUCAGGACCGAUUCGACGAGAUCAAGGACCAGAUCAUGGGAUCCCUGAGGGCUCUGAAAUUCCCAGAAAAGAACAUCAGCUUUGUACCCGUCUCUGGUCUUAACGGGGACAAUAUUAUCACGCGCUCCAAAAAUCCGGCCGCAUCGUGGUACACGGGCCCGACACUCAUAGAAGAGCUCGAGGCAUCGGAACCUGCGGCUCGACCACUUGACAAGCCCCUUCGGAUGACCAUCUCGGAUCUUUGGGAUACCCGUCUCAGCCCCAUCACCGUAUCUGGACGAUUAGAGGCUGGAUCUCUUCAAGUCGGCGACGCCCUUCUUGUGCAACCGAGCGGCGAGAAGGCUUAUGUGAAAGCACUUGAGCUGAAUGGCGAACCAGUUGACUGGGCCGUUGCGGGCCAGCACAUCGUUAUUUACCUAUCGCAUGUCGAAGAGGAACACAUUCGCAUCGGAGAUGUCAUCUGUCCUCCCUCGGCAGCGGUACCAUGCGUCGAUACGUUCAUCAUGAAGGCGCUGGCCUUCGACACCUUCUUCCCCAUGCCAGUCGACAUUCACAAGGGUAGGCUGCACGUGCCAGGGAAGAUCUACCAACUGCGAGCUGUGCUUGACAUCCACACCGGUGCUAUCAUGAAAAAGACGCCGCAGAUCGUAAAGGCUGGCAGCGUGGCGCGGAUCAGGAUGAAGACGGAUGAGAAGGUCCCAUUGGAGAAGGGCGAGAGGGUGGUAAUCAGAUACAACGGAGACACGGUGGCGGCUGGUCUGCUGGAAGAGACCCAAUGA